UGCCCUCUCCUUCAGAAAUCACUGGUAAAUUCUCAAAUAAAAACCGUCUCGAUAUUCCAAUUCCUUCAAUCCUAACUUCUUCAAUUCCUAAUGUUCUAUCUAGUUUAGAUUCAGCUGUUUUAGCCGUUAGUAGUACUAUCACCGAUGCUGCAAAUACUGCUACAAAUUCUGCUAGGGAUAUUGCUGCAGUAGCCCCAAGUUUAUUAUCUCAGUUAUUAAGUGCUUUCGAUAAUUUUAAACCAAGAAAUUCUGCUAACAUUUCGGCAUUGUAUGCCAUCCCACUUACAUUUUAUUGCACCCGUUUUGUACCAAUUGUGGCUUCUUUCAACACAUCAAUUGCUAACAUUGUAUUUAAAGUUUCUGUACUACAAGGCCUGUAUGCAGAAAUUACCAGCACUGGAGAAUAUUCAAACGGAAGCACUUUUGCUGUAACUCAAAUAACUUCUGCAGAACCAUUAUGUUACAGUGAUGUAGCAGGCAUUCAAGAUACCAGAGAGAGCUCUGUUUGGUUCUUGUCAUCUCAAAGAUGGGUUUGGUCGAGCUUGAUGACAAAUUUUAGUUGGAAUUUGUCUUGUUAG